AUGAAUUCAGUUUAUCGUCAUUUGCUGGCUUUAAAUUUCACGAAUAACUUAACAAGAUUUAUCCAAAAGGCAAAUCAAUCAGCAUCAAUGCAUUUUCCAGCAAUUUCUUAUUUUGCAAGAGUCACUCAGCCACAAAUGCACUCCUGGAACUGUAUCAAUCAGGAUCGAAAGAAAAUUCGUAAUGUUCGAGGUUGCGUUCCACCAGAAAAUGAAGAUAAGAAAAUUUUCAAUCAGGAAUCCGAAAUGAAAUUGAUUGACAAAAAUUUUGAAUUGAUUGAAAAUCUGAAGAAAUGUUAA